AUGUGCCAGAAAAGAGCUAUCUUUAAGCCAAUGAACAAACAAGAGAGGGAGUUUCUGAAGGAAAGAUGUGGGGGGUCAUGGAAGUUGGUUCUGAGGUUCUUGCUGGCAGGAGAAAAAUGUUGCAGGAGAGAAAAGUCUCAAGCAAUAGCUGGUCCUGGGCACAGCAUUGCGGUAACAUCAUCCGGAACUGUCUAUUCCUUUGGGUCUAAUAAUUCCGGGCAGCUUGGCCAUGGGACGUUAGAAGAAGAAUACCGUCCACGCCAGAUCAGGUCCUUGGCUGGUAUUCGAAUUAUUCAAGCAGCAGCUGGUGCUGGAAGGACAAUGCUGAUCACUGAUGCUGGGCAAGUGUAUGCAUUUGGGAAGGAAUCUUUCGGUGAGGCUGAAUAUGGUGGCCAAGGAGCGAAAUGUGUGACAACUCCUCAGUUGAUUGAAUCUUUGAAGGGCAUAUUCGUUGUUCAAGCAGCUAUAGGAAAUUUCUUUACUGCAGUGCUAUCCAGAGAGGGAAACGUCUAUACCUUUUCAUGGGGUUCCGAUGCAAGACUUGGUCACCAGACGGAGUCGACUGAUGUGGAGCCUCGUCUGAUGGGAGGUGUUCUUGAGAAUGUCCCUGUAGUACAGAUUGCAGCGGGAUAUUGUUACCUUCUUGCACUGGCUUGCCAACCUAGUGGAAUGUCUGUGUACUCUGUCGGUUGUGGUUUGGGAGGAAAACUGGGACAUGGCUGCAGAACUGAUGAAAAACAACCACGACUGAUAGAACAGUUUAGGACUCUGAAUCUUCAGCCUGCUGUUGUGGCUGCUGGUGCAUGGCAUGCAGCAGUGGUUGGAAAAGAUGGGCGUGUCUGUACAUGGGGUUGGGGCCGUUAUGGGUGCCUGGGACAUGGAAACGAGGAGUGUGAAACUAUUCCAAAGGUCGUGGAGUCCCUGAAUGGGAUCAAAGCUGUUCAUGUUGCAACUGGUGACUAUACAACAUUUGUGGUCUCUGAAGAUGGGGAUGUCUACUCCUUCGGCUGUGGAGAAUCUUCUAGCUUAGGGCACUCCACUGGUACAGAUGGCCAGGCCAAUAGGCAUGUGAAUGUGCUGAGCCCUGAGUUAGUUACAUCGCUCAAGCAGGCAAAUAAGAAGGUUGUGCAGAUUAGCCUAACCAAUUCAAUAUACUGGAAUGCACAUACUUUUGCACUCACAGAUUCAGGAGGGCUUUAUGCAUUUGGUGCUGGUGACAAGGGGCAGCUUGGCACUACACUCAUGGCUCAUCAGAGCGAGAGGGACAGUCCUGAGCUGGUUGAUUUAGACCUUACUUAAAUUAUAGCGCAUAGAUAACCUUGUUAAUUCCUGUUAGUCUUCCUGAUUUACUCCUUGUCUUCUGCUCCUGUUUGAUAUCUUGAAUUGUAAAUAUGAAACACAAGUGAAUGAAGAACAAUCAAGUUAAGUGCAAUCUUAGCA